CUCUCUCUUUCUCUCUCCCUCUCCUCAUACAGAUCAUACAUAUAAUGAUUUUUGUCAAAUACAAUAAGGAUUUGCUCUUAAUGGGAUUUUUCUUUUAGGUGCAUUUUUAACAUUACGUGUGUUAAAAUGCAAUCUUUCUUGUUUGUGGAGUUGACAUUUGCUUCGUGUACUACAAAAACCUAUUUUGUACUUCAUUGUAGUACAUGCAGACUUUCCUCAGUUUCCGUUCUCGGUUGCUGCUCAAGCAUUUGAUGCAAUCAUAAUAUAAAUAGUAGACAUUUCCUGAGAGUUUUGAUGCGCAUGUGGAAGCCACAGCUAUCAAACUAAAGACAGCAUUUUUUGUGGAUUUCUGGGCUUUCACCUUUCUGCACUGGUAUUUAAUCCUAUUAAAUUCAAGGACUCUCUAUUGGGUCUUGUGGGCGUUCUUGCAGUUUUGAUCUUUUUGGAGGGUUCUUGAGAGUCAAAGCUGAGGAAAACCCACACCCCCACCCUUUCAGUUGUUUAAGGAUUCUCAAUGCAAUUUGGAGGCUAGUAGAUUGUAGAUUGAGAAAGAAGGGUCGGUAGGUGUACAAAUUUCCCAUUUGUACAUUUCUGAAAUUUCGUCUCCUCUCAAUCUCUGAAGACGCAGAAGAAGAGAAACUUGAGGAAAGGGGCAAAUGGGGAGCACAAACAAUGAUGAAAACGGAGAGAUUGAGACCUUUGAGAGAGAGGAUGGAGUUGAAGAGAAUGGAGGCGAGCCAGAGGAUUUGAACAGAAUCAUUCCAUGGACAAGACAGAUCACAAUUCGGGGACUUGUGGCUAGCAUAGUCAUAGGCACCAUUUACAGCGUUAUAGUGAUGAAGUUGAACCUCACAACUGGGUUGGUUCCCAAUCUCAAUGUCUCUGCUGCUCUUCUGGCCUUUGUAUUCAUCCGCACAUGGACUAAGCUUCUUCAGAAGGCUGGAAUUGUAUCAACUCCUUUCACAAGGCAGGAAAAUACCAUUAUUCAGACUUGUGCAGUUGCAUGUUAUAGCAUUGCAGUUGGAGGAGGUUUUGGGUCUUAUCUGUUGGGUCUGAACAGGAAGACUUAUGAGCAAGCAGGUGUUGAUACUGAGGGGAACACUCCUAGGAGCACCAAAGAACCUCAGAUUGGUUGGAUGACUGGUUUCCUCUUUGUUAGUAGUUUUGUUGGGCUGCUGGCUUUGGUUCCUCUCAGAAAGAUCAUGAUAAUAGACUAUAAGUUAAGUUACCCAAGUGGAACUGCUACUGCUGUUCUUAUCAACGGGUUCCAUACUCCAAAAGGAGACAAGAUGGCUAAGAAGCAGGUUCACGGGUUCAUGAAAUUCUUCUCGAUGAGUUUCUUGUGGAGUUUCUUUCAGUGGUUCUAUUCUGGAGGAGACCAAUGCGGAUUCGCUCAGUUUCCAACAUUUGGAUUGGCAGCGUGGAAAAACUCAUUUUACUUUGAUUUCAGUAUGACUUACAUAGGAGCGGGAAUGAUCUGUUCGCAUCUUGUGAACUUAUCUUUGCUUCUUGGUGCCGUGCUCUCUUGGGGAAUAAUGUGGCCAUUAAUAAGGGGUCUCAAAGGAGAGUGGUUCCCUGCAACUUUAUCAGAAAGUAGUAUGAAGAGUCUAAACGGUUACAAGGUUUUCAUUUCCAUUGCCCUGAUACUAGGAGAUGGGCUAUACAAUUUUCUCAAGAUACUAUACUUUACUGGCUCAAGCAUCCACACCAAAAUGAACAAGAAGAACCCCAAAACAGUUUCAAAUAACCAGAAUCAGGCUCUUGAUGAUCUUCGACGAAAUGAGGUCUUCAUAAGAGAUAGCAUUCCCAUUUGGGUAGCUUGCCUUGGGUACACCUUGUUCUCCAUCAUCUCCAUCAUAAUUAUCCCGCUCAUGUUCCCUCAACUGAAAUGGUACUACGUAGUCGUAGCCUAUAUUAUCGCACCCUCUCUAAGCUUCUGCAAUGCUUAUGGUGCGGGUUUAACUGACAUGAACAUGGCCUAUAACUACGGGAAAGUGGCUCUCUUUGUGCUUGCUGCUGUGGCUGGGAAAAAUGAUGGUGUUGUUGCGGGACUUGUGGGAUGUGGUCUAAUCAAAUCCAUAGUUUCUAUCUCUUCUGAUCUGAUGCACGAUUUAAAGACUGGUCAUCUCACGCUCACAUCUCCUCGAUCAAUGCUUUUAAGUCAGGCGAUUGGGACAGCUAUAGGCUGUGUGGUAGCUCCUCUGACAUUCUUUCUCUUCUACAAGGCUUUUAAUGUUGGUGAUCCGGAUGGUGAAUACAAAGCUCCUUUUGCCAUCAUUUACAGAAACAUGGCAAUUCUAGGUGUUCAAGGCUUCUCUGCCCUGCCCCAGCAUUGCUUACAGCUGUGUUAUGGUUUUUUUGCAUUUGCCGUAGCAGCUAAUUUGCUGAGAGAUCUUGCUCCUAAGAAAAUUGGUAAAUGGGUUCCACUUCCAAUGGCGAUGGCUGUUCCUUUCCUAGUUGGAGCUUACUUUGCAAUCGAUAUGUGUGUGGGGAGUUUGGCUGUGUUCGUGUGGCACAAACUAAAAAAUAACGAGGCAGGUUUAAUGGUUCCCGCAGUUGCUUCUGGUUUGAUUUGUGGAGAUGGGUUGUGGAUCCUCCCUUCAUCAAUUCUUGCAUUGGCCAAGAUUCGUCCUCCCAUCUGCAUGAACUUCCUCACAACCAAGUAGAGUUUGUGUGGAAGGAGAGAAACAUAGUUGCGUUCAUUAGUAGAGUUACAGUAAUUGUAAUCUGCAGAUGUAAUUUCAGACAAGUAUUGGGAAUUAGGGAUAAUAUAGAAGUUCCCUGCUAUGUAUUUUCAAGUAAUGCAUCAGAUCAUAAUGCAGCAUAGUAGAUGACUAGAUGGUAGGAUUCUGUAUCCUAUACAAGCAAGUUGUAUCACAAAACAUUUAGUCAAAUGAAUCAUAUGAUUUUAAAACCA